CACCAACCCAGAUGAAACUACAGCUGGUGCUCCUGAAGCGAUUCACAUGAAAUGACACAAAAGAUGCUCCGUGAUCCCAGUUCGGUUCGGCGGAUCGCGCUCAUUUAAAGCCCUGUCAUGCGCCACACAGACCGGACGGACAGAUGAUUUUUAGCCGACAAGAGUUAAUUGAGCUCGCGCGGGCCUGAAUGAGAUGAUGUGGCCUUUAAGUUAGCAGAGCAGCUAAACCUGUUGUGUUUUUCUGUGGAGUAAAACGAUGGAGCUCGAGUUUGAACAUUAGCCUCAGGAUGAAUCUGAAGAGGUCGCGGAGUGUCGGAGCUGCUGACCCGCUCAAUGGAGUCGGAAAACAAGACGUGGAGAGCAGACGCAGGAAGAAGAUGUCUGAGAUCACGCAGGCUCUGAGCUGUCGGCCGGUGGACGUUGCGGCUCUGAGACGGAUGGCCAUCAGUGAAGGAGGUCUAAUGACCGACGAGAUCAGACGCCUGGUGUGGCCUAAACUGCUCAACGUCUCUGAGGAAAACAUACCAGAGGAACUGGAUCCUGUCGAUCGAGAAAACAACAAAGACUUCAACCAGGUUCUUCUUGAUGUUCAGCGGUCGCUCAGGCGCUUUCCUCCAGGGAUGCCGGAUGAGCAGCGUGAGGGUCUUCAGGAGGAGCUCACUGAUAUUAUUCUGCGUGUUUUGGUGAAAAACCCUCAGCUGCAUUAUUAUCAGGGUUAUCAUGACAUCGUGGUCACUUUCCUGCUGGUGCUCGGAGAGAGACUCGCCACUGCCCUCGUGGAGAAACUCUCCACACACCACCUCAGGGACUUUAUGGACCCCACAAUGGACAACACUAAACACAUCCUGAACUACCUGAUGCCCAUCAUCGAGAGGGUCAAUCCUGAGGUCUUCGACUUCAUGCAGCAAGCUGAAGUGGGCACCAUAUUCGCCCUCAGCUGGCUCAUCACCUGGUUUGGGCACGUCCUGUCAGAUUUCCGCCACGUGGUUCGGUUGUAUGAUUUCUUCCUGGCCUGCCAUCCGCUCAUGCCCAUCUACUUUGCUGCAGUGAUCGUGUUGCAUCGUGAGGAGGAGGUCUUGGACUGUGAGUGUGACAUGGCCAUGAUGCACCACCUCCUGUCCCGCAUCCCAGAGGACCUGCCGUAUGAAACGCUGAUCAGCCGUGCUGGAGAUCUGUUCGUGCAGUUUCCUCCAUCAGAGCUGGCCAGAGAGCGCAGUCAGCAAACGGCGGUCUCCACGUUUAAAGACUUUGAGCUGGCGUCAACGCAGCAGCGGCCGGAUGUGGUGCUCCGACAGAGGCGGAAAGAGCAGCAGCAGCGAACACUGGAGGCUCAGCGUGGGACGGUGGUGGUGGUUCAGCCCACGGCACGCCGCUUCAUGAGGUUAGCGGUCAUGGGUUUGACUGUGGCACUGGGAGCCGCGGCACUGGCCGUGGUGAAUUCAGCUCUGGAAUGGGCUCCGAAAUUAGACUUACUGUUUCCGUGAAGGAGCCGAAAUAACAGCACAAGCUCACAGCGUCCCGUCUUCAUUGUUGAAGGACUAAAUAUGUUAUUUUGCUUUUUUUUUUUUUUUUUUUUAAGUAUUUAUACUUGUGAAGAAGUUAGACUAAUAAAUAAAAUAUAUUGUGCGCAUAGUUGUUAUAAUUCAGUAAGAUUCUGAAAUGAAACGGUGAAUCAAGCGUCAGUUGUUGCGUUGAGGUAAACGUAUAGCAGAGAUUUGUACACUAAACUUCUUGUUCAUGAAAUGUGGUCUGAGCAAAUUUUUGCGUAAUUUUUUUUACAGAUUUUUUUACGAAUAAUUUAAAUUUACGCAAUAGCAAUGUUCGCAUUUUCGGUCGUGAAAUGUGAUUUGAGCUAAUUAUUUGACGUAAGAAUUUUAUUUAUAUAAAAGAAUAAUUUAAAUUUACACAAUAACAUUGUUCGCAUAUGUUGUUCGCAAAACGUUUUUAGUUUUAUCGUCACUGAAUUCAGUGCCACAAUUGAAUGAAUGAAGUUAGAUUUUGUUAAUUGUCAAUUAACAUAAUGGGUUUACGAACAAUGUAUGACUCAACUAUUAAACUAUAGUUUAUUCGAUUGGCGUGUUCAAUUCAGUGUGACGAUUUACGUUAAUUAUUUAAUUGUUACAAUUUUGUGAUUGUAUUUUUUUAUAAGUUCAUGAUUGUUGUGUUCAGUCUACGUAAUUUAUGCAAUGUACAGUCAUUUUGAGGAGAAACUAUAUUUAAUAAAUUGUUCAAUUCAAUGUGAUAAUUUAAAUGCUUUUUUUUGUUUAUUUUUUUAAAUAAUUCAAGUGCAUUUUUGUUUUGAAAUUUCGAAAUGUAAAUUUACAUUGAAUGCAACAAUUAUUAAAUGAAUGCAACAAUUUCAUAAGAACUUUAAAUAAAAUGUUCAAAAUAAACUUAAUAAUUAAAUAAAAUUCAUCCACGAAAAAAAACUAUCAUAAUCAGACAUUGCUGUACAAUAUUUGUAAAACUAUUUUCAUGACACACGACAUCAAUAAUUUACACAAAAAUGACAUUACGGAUUAUUUGCGCAGAAAUUUGCUCAUCCUGUGUUUCUUGAUCGAGAAAUCGUGUGUUUUAUUAUACUUUGCUGGCAUAAAGAAUAACUAAUAUAGCGAGACCAAAAUAUUUUAGGACCUGUUUGUAGAAUUGGCUGUUUCAUUGAACUGAUUCAGAACCACAUUUACAUGUCUGUAAUAUCUAAGUUAUAAAACUAUUAUAAAAGAGCACCAGAUUAACUUGUAUUUUUUUACAUACAUGUUCACAAUUUGCAUGUUAUUUUUUCACCCACCACAUUUCAGUUUUCCUUAAUUGCAGUAUUUUUGGGUUAGAAAUGCUGAUUUGUAGCAAAUAACUUUGAAAAGCUGAGCUGGAGUUGAUCAACAAACUUGAGAUUUCUUGAAUCUGGGGGUUAUAUUAAAUGGUGAAUGUGAACUACAGUAGCUUCUAUGAUUGAGAUCCAGAUCAAUGUUGGAUCAUGACAUGUUGAAUCGUUGACGUAUAAUUUUCUUGUCUAAAUGCUGUUCACAAAUAACCGUUUCCAUUAAUCAACAUGUUUAGAAUAACAUUCAGAUCGAUUAUUAUGAUCCUAAAAUCACUUGAUUAAAUAAAAAAACAUAAUUUAUUAAAAUAUUGCGCUGCUGUCGACACAUUUCUGCUGUUUAUGCUUUAAUUUUUCGUUAAUUUUGCACUAAAGAACAUGCUUCUUGCUUAUUUUUUUGCACUUUUGAGAGAUUGUUAUAGGUCGUCUCUGGUUCGUAAUGUGUCAAAUAUGUUUAAAUAAAAAGAAAAGUGAAAGUUUAGUGCGU